AUGGCACCUCAACUCAUUUACCUCAUCUUUCUAUCACUCUUUGCAGUACUUGGAUCAAGUGCUCAAAAUGAAUGCCAAGUCGAAAACUGCACGCAGUAUGGCCCUGCCAUCCGGUUCCCCUUCUGGCUUAGAGACCGCCACCAACAGCACUGUGGCUACCCUGGCUUUGAACUUCACUGCAAUCAAAACAAAGAUACGGUCUUGGAAUUACCUUUUCCGGUGAAGGCAUCAAUCAACGACUCUAACCUUCCAUUUUCGGUUCAGUUUGCCAUUGAAGAAAUCGACUACAAAAAUCAAUUCAUCGAGAUAUCUCAAAUCUUUGGCUGCAUAGGAGGAUUGCUUCCAAUCCUAAAUUUGUCCGCAUCUCCAUUCCAAUUCCAAUUCCUAUCUCCUUAUGAUAUAUAUAACUACACUUAUUUCAACUGUUCCAAAAUCAAGCGAUAUCAUUAUUACAGUCUAAACCCCGUACCCUGCCUCAGCAGUAAGGAUUAUGGUGUUUAUACAGUUGAGUCCGAUUAUCCCUUAAUUUAUUUGCCCCUACAUUCCUGCAGCAAGAUGUUUGACCUUCAUGAAUACAUACCUCGGGGUGUAUUUGAAGGCUAUAUGCUCCCUAUUACAUUGGAAUGGUCCAGACCAUCUUGUGGACAUUGCGAAUCCAUUGGCAAACAUUGUAGAAUGAAGAAUGACAGGUCAAUCUCGAAUGAUACUGAAUGCUACAGCAGCAGCAAACCAGAAGGUCCAGUGCCAAAACUAAGAGUUGCAGGUGAAGUACUUGGUCCUUUGCUUGCUGUGUUCCUUGCUAUUGCAUCAUAUUGGAUUUGUAGAUCAAUCAAACUGAAAAAAGAGACUGAAUUGAAAAUUGAGCAAUUCUUGUGGUAUCCAGUUGAGCGACCCUCGAUGAAAGUUGUAAUUCAAAUGCUUGAAUCAGAAGAAACUCCUUCCAUGCCCCGUAACCCAUUUACUUCCACGAAUGGAACGCAGAAUGCAACAAAUGCACGUGGAAGAAUAUUCAGCAGCGAACUUGAAAUCAUUUCAGAAUCCGAGUGA